AUGGCCAACGUUCCCAUCAUAGCCUUUGACUACGACUUGUCUCCCUACGCCCAAAAGAUCCGCGACGCACUCGCCGCCAGCGGCAUACCCUUCCAACGCAGCGACCAACCCUUUGUUCUCCCUCGUCCAAUUCUCGAGAAGCUCGACAUCCAAUACCGUCGUAUCCCCUUGCUAGCGUUUGGCAAAGAUGUGUACUGCGACACCUCGCUCAUCAUCGACGAGCUCCAAGCCCGGUAUGGCGCCCUCCCCACCAGCCAAGCAGAUAAAGCGUACGAGAUUUUCGGCGUCCAAAUUUUUAACAGCGUCUUGAACGUCGUGCCCACAGUGGCGCUGACACCAGAGUUUAUCAAAGACCGAGUCACCAUCUUUCCAGCCCUGAAUAACCCCAACUUUGGCGAACUACGACCCAGCGGAUUGGCCGAGAUGAAGGCGAAAUUCCAGAUCAUCGAGAACGACUUCCUGGGCAAGAGCUCCGGGCCUUUUAUCGCGGGUGAGAAGUUUGGACUCGCAGAUCUUCACGCUGGGUGGGCUGUAGGCUGGAGUCUCAAAGCCAUUGGACUGGGCCAGGAACCUGGAUUCAGCGCUCAAGAUUUCCCACGUAUCUACAAAUGGGUAUCUAGCUGGCCUACCCCAGAGUACAAAGACCUCUCCCAGGAGGAUGUUUGGGAGGUAGUGCAGAAUGCAGAGUAUACUGCAAAGGACAUCGGGGUGAAUGAGAAGGAUCCGAUUGGAUUCAAAGCGGGAACCCAUGUCACGGUGGAGAGCGGCGAUACUGAGCCGGGCGCACACCCGCAGAAGGGGAAGCUCGUCGGUUUGAAUGAUAAAGAAACGGUGGUGGAGUUGAAAAAUGGAAUAAGGCUGCAUUUCCCACGCAUUGGCUAUGUGGUGAAAGAGGCCAAAGCAGCGGGCAUGGCAUCAAGAUUCGGUCGCUGA